UUGGAAUCCAAAUUAGAACCAAACUUUUCUCUGAACAACCUGCUUGCUGUGCUUGACAUUUAGUUUUUUUAAUAUGAUUUUUAAAUUGGAGUGCUAAAAGAAUUUACUUUUGUGGCCAGUAAUCUCUUAGUUCUAAACCAAAAAGACUUUAUUCAUUCUAGUAAAAUGUGCGAAACAAAAUUAAAGUUACAAGUAGUUUUAAUAGUUUUAUGUGUAGCGUUAAAAGGGCUUCAGGCUGUUGAUGAUUCACUAUUAUUCACGGUGACGCGAGCACCUCGGUACUUUGGCAUCCUUCAGGAUCAUAGAGGGCAGCCUUUGUCCGUGGAAGUAUCAGAAGAAUAUAUGGACCAAGACUACAUCGCCACCAAUAGGAAGCGACACAAAAUUGAUUGGAACAAGAAUCCUUUGGACAUGGACGAUUUCGAUGAUGAUGACACCGAGGAGGUAUUUGAUGAUAAAGACAAAGACGUCAAAGUACCCAACAAAUAUAACUUACAAGCCGGUCCCGUAUAACAUGUAUGUACUUGAAGUGAUAGAAUUAAGUUGGUUAAGUAACUAUGUAAUAAAGAUCUCGUUUA